AACUGUUUCCAUUCGUUGUUGCACCGAUUGCACACUACUGCUUUGUGUCAGCUAUGACAUCCACCGCGACCGCAGUUUGACAUGUGAGCGUUCUUGCGCGAGUUACAGUUUACUGUUCGGUACUACAAAAUGUCGCUAAUCGCGACGCCCAGACAGGCUCCGUUGGAGAUACUGGACGACCUGUGUUCUCGCUUCAUCAUCAACAUACCCGAGGAAGAGCGCGAAGACCCGGUUCGGCUAUGCUUUCAAGUGGAGCUCGCCUACUGGUUCUACCUCGACUUCUACUGCCCCGAGAACCCCACGUGCCCGCAGUGCAGCAUGCGGGAGUUCACGCAGAUGAUAUUCCAUCACGUGCCUUCGCUGCGGGAACACCUGCCCGAUCUAGACCAUAUCCUGAACAGAUGGAAAGAGUACAAAAUGGCUGUUCCGACCUUCGGUGCUAUACUGAUCGACGAAAGCCUCGAGAACGUCCUCUUAGUGCAGUCUUACUGGGCUAAGGCGACCUGGGGAUUCCCCAAAGGCAAGGUGAAUGAGGAAGAGGAACCACACAUCUGUGCGGCCCGUGAAGUGCUAGAAGAGACCGGUUACGACAUCACCCCGCUUCUCUCCAAGAACGAGUUCAUCGAGCGCCAGAUUCAUGACCACGUGACACGUCUCUACAUCAUAGCCGGCGUUCCCAUGAGCACGCAGUUCAGCCCGCGGACGCGCAAAGAAAUCGGAAGCAUCGAGUGGUUCGCCAUUGCGGACUUGCCGGCCAGCAAGCGCGACCAGUCGCCCCUGAGCUCUCUGGGACUGAACGUGAACGCCUUUUUCAUGGUGAUGCCUUUUGUGAAGAAAAUCCGCAAGUGGGUCUUCAACAACAGACACCGUCUGCUGCAACAGCAGCAGCCGAGUGAGGGCAUGCCUUCCAUCACCGAUGCAGAGAAACUGAAGCAGAAGGAGUACUUUGCUGGCCUGUACCGAAACGAAAUGGUUGACAUACUGCGCCAGAAGGGAUGUUCGACACCCGUGUUGGCGAGAAACGCCGCCGAGCGUUCGAAAAAUGGCGUAGAACGUUCCCCCAGGAAUCAACAAUGCACGGUGCCACUCUUCAGCGCAACGUCAUGGACAAACUUUACUCUGGACCGGAGCGCCUUCUCUAAUGUCUUUGACUUCUAGAGAUUCUUUCAGUGUGAGUUGAUUUGAUAUGUUGAUAUGGCCUGCACUGGGGGGGGGGGGGGGGGCUGCACUAGAUACACCUGGAGUUACCGACAGUGUCGUGACUGAAUGAUCUUGCUGUCACUGCAUGGUGUUACAUAAAUUGCAAAAGAUUUUUUUUUAUUUUAAGAAACAGUAAUUGGGAAAAAGAGAAGUUAUUUAUGUGUUUUUCUCACAGUGACAUCAAGCAUAAUCAUUGUUCCUCUGUUAUUGGAAACGUCAAGCAUAAUCAUUGUUCCUCUGUUGUUGGAAACGUACUGGUGAGAACUACAUUGCCAAGAUGAUUGCUAUAGUGCGAGAACAGAAUGACACAUGAAUCUAUCGGUUUGUCUGCUAAUGAAAGUUGGUAAUUGAGUGCUAUGUUUCUAGUAUUCACUUAGCGUCAUGUUCUUCGCUUACGGGUGUUGUGCAAAAGCUUGCAAUUUGAAAGACUAGGCAACUUCAUUCAGCGAUUGUAGCUGCGAUAAAAACUUUGUGUGGGCACAGUGGCCGUCACACGCCCUUGCAGUAUGAGCCCAAAAUAUUGAGGAUAGGUCUGUUUUCUUUUAAGUGGGGCACCAAACCCAUUGCGGUGCUGCGCGUGUGCCACCCUGUUUGAAGCGCACAGGGCUGGCACAGCCUGCUCCACUAGGGUUGACAAUAUCUUUUGCAGAGUGGGGUUGUCCUUCAGGGCACGAUCAGCAAAUGACCUCAGUACGUCAAGGGCGAACAGCAACUGGUUCGACGGGUAAAGCAGCCCGCCUCGAUCCUGGCUGUGAGUUAACUGAAAGAUCGGUUGAUUACUUGCAGGCUUCGAGCAGAUUGCUGUGCAACUUCCGCAUAGCAUGUGCUCGUUUAUUACACGGGCAAUGUAACCGCCAACGUGUGCAGUUGCCGAAAUUUCAAGGGAAGGCAGCUGCCGUGGCUUAAGUGUUGUGGAGAGUCGUUGCAAAACACAUGUAGCUCUCUGUAGUUAAGGAAGCUGCUGUGUUGGUGAAGGGGAAGCUGCAGUGUGCAAAGUACCUGUGGACAUUUGUGCUCAUUCACUGUGAGCAAAUCUGAUGCCAUGCUGAAUGCUGCAAUUCCAGUUUUUAGAACUUUCUCCAAGCCAGACAAGCAACGAAAGUGCAGCAUGUCAUUACAACCGUAGGACACUCGCAAUGUACCAGACAGUGACUCUAUCGGGCCACUGUUAAACUUGCAAAUGAGAACGAACAAGAAAUUUUCCUCUGUGAACAGGUACCUGAUGCAGCAACUGUGGAAUAUGUGGUCAAAAGCAAUUCUUCCUACGUUUCUUUCGUCAAAAGUUCCUUUAGAUUUCCACAUCUCUUUUUCAGCUUGUCCAAGUAGAUAGGCAGUGUUACCUCAAGCCACUCUAGUCUGGCAUCUUCGGUAUCGUCAAAGUUUAGUGUGUCUAGCCAUUUCUUGUGGAGGUGCUGGGUCGUGUUGCUCUUGUCAUGCAGCACAAAUAAAGGAUAAAUGUUCUGCAUGAAAAUGAUGGUCUGGCCUGCAGCUGCAAACGAGGCACUUGAGGUGUGCCCAGCUUGGUCCCUGAGGUGCUCCAAGGUCGCAGUAACAUCAAGAGAGAAAUUUCUCUUGCAACAUUCAUUUUUUCUAUGUUGUUGGGGUAUACAUGCUUUCAACUGAGGUAGUGGACAGGCUUCACAACCAGGUCCUGCAGAUGGCAGAGCUUCUUUAUGUAACAGGAUAAGACCUCUCUUUUCGGGCCAAAGUCAUGAGCCAAAAACAGAAUCAGCAUUUUUU